AUCAGAAGGCUGAGAUAAGCAGACUGACCAUGGCCACCUGGGGCCUAGGGUGAGUGAACCUUGCCCCAUGCCUGUCACAGCAGCUGCUGUCCUUGACCACAUCAUGGAGAGCCCGGUGCGACUCAGCCUUCUCUAUGUUGUCCUGGCCAGCCUCCUGCUCCCGGGGAGAAGUGUGUUUAUUAACCGGGAACGAGCCAACAACGUCCUGCAGAGGAUUCGGAGAGCAAACUCAUUUUUUGAGGAGAUAAAGAAAGGAAAUCUGGAAAGGGAGUGUGUGGAAGAAAUUUGUUCUUUUGAAGAGGCCCGCGAAGUCUUUGAGGACAAUGAGAAGACGACAGAAUUCUGGAACAAAUAUGAAGAUGGUGACCAGUGUGAGAGCAGUCCUUGCCAGAACCAAGGCGAGUGUCGAGAUGGCCUUGGGAGUUAUACAUGCACCUGCACGGAGGGAUUCGAAGGCAAAAACUGUGAACUCUUUGUUCGGAAACUCUGCAGCCUAGACAACGGAGACUGCGACCAGUUCUGCCGUGAGGAGCAGAACUCAGUGGUGUGCUCCUGUGCCAAGGGUUACUUCCUGGGUAAUGACGGCAAGUCCUGCCUCUCCACAGCUCCCUUCCCCUGUGGAAAAACCAAUAAAGGACGCGCGAAGAGGUCUGUGGCCCUAAAUACCAGCAACAGUGAACCUGACCCUGAAGACCUCAUGCCUGAUGCAGAUAUUCUAUAUCCUACUGAGAGUCCUUCUGAACUGCUCAAUCUCAACAAGACAGAGCCUGAAGCAAACAGUGAUGACGUUAUUCGGAUUGUGGGUGGCCAAGAAUGCAAGAGAGGAGAAUGUCCUUGGCAGGCUCUGCUCUUUAGCGACGAAGAGACUGAUGGGUUCUGUGGGGGCACCAUCUUGAAUGAGUUCUACAUCCUCACUGCCGCCCAUUGUCUCCAUCAAGCCAAGCGAUUCAAGGUGAGGGUAGGGGACCUGAACACGGAACAGGAAGACGGCGGCGAGAUGGUGCACGAGGUGGAUAUGAUCAUCAAGCACAACAAGUUUCAGAGGGACACCUACGACUUCGACAUUGCCAUGCUGAGGCUGAAGACCCCCAUCACGUUCCGCGAGAACGUGGCCCCUGCCUGCUUGCCUCAGAAAGACUGGGCCGAGGCCACACUGAUGACGCAAAAGACAGGCAUCGUGAGCGGGUUUGGACGCACGCACGAGAAGGGCCGCCAGUCCAAAGUCCUGAAGAUGAUGGAGGUGCCCUAUGUGGACCGCAACACCUGCAGGCUCUCCACCAGCUUCAGCAUUACGCAGAAUAUGUUCUGCGCAGGCUAUGACGCCAAGCAAGAGGACGCCUGCCAGGGGGACAGCGGUGGCCCUCACGUCACACGAUUCAAAGACACCUACUUUGUGACCGGCAUCGUCAGCUGGGGAGAGGGGUGUGCAAGGAAAGGGAAAUACGGCAUCUACACGAAGGUCACGGCCUUCCUCAAAUGGAUUGACAGGUCCAUGAAAGCCAGGGUGGGGCCCACCUCUGAGACCCCAAGGUUAACCCAUCCACCCUAUUAAAGCAGUCCUUCUCCAGAA